AUGUCUGGCAGGCUCGCCGGUCGAGCUCCGGCUCUGCUCCGACAAGGCCGACGAUUGCACGCGCCUUCUCCCUUGACUGUUCGCAGCUUUACCACGCCCGCUGCCGCCUCUUCGCCCUUGACCCGCCUCCAGACUGGCCGCUCCACCCUGUCGCAGAAGCGAUUCCUGUCGACCACGUUAUUGCGAGCUUCGACCGUUGCUGACUCUCAGCCCCCGCCAAAUUCCAAGGCCUACCUUGCCAGCGGCGCGGUCAAGCCCUUGGCCCAGGUCGAUGUCAAGAAGGUCCUCGUCGUAGGAAGCGGCGGCUUGGCCAUUGGCCAGGCCGGCGAGUUUGACUACUCUGGAUCUCAAGCUCUCAAGGCCCUCAAGGAGGCGGGCGUGGCCUCGGUGCUGAUCAACCCUAAUAUCGCUACUAUUCAGACAAACCACAGCCUUGCCGACGAGGUCUACUAUCUCCCUGUCACUCCCGAGUAUGUUUCCUACGUCAUUGAGCGAGAAAAGCCCGAUGGCAUCUUCCUGUCCUUCGGUGGCCAGACCGCUUUGAACCUCGGUGUCGAGAUGCAGCGUCAAGGUCUCUUUGAGAAGUACGGAGUCAAGGUCCUUGGUACCAGCGUCCGAACCCUCGAGCUCUCCGAGGAUCGUGACCUCUUCGCCAAGGCCCUUGAGGAGAUCAACAUCCCCAUCGCCAAGUCCAUUGCUGUUGGCACCAUUGAAGAGGCCAUUGACGCCGCCGAAAAGGUCGGGUACCCCAUCAUCAUCCUCGUCGAGAAGUCCCUCAAGGGCUGGAAGGAAGUCGAAUACGAAGUCGUUCGUGACGCCAACAACAACUGCAUCACCGUCUGCAAUAUGGAAAACUUCGACCCCCUUGGUAUCCACACUGGUGACUCGAUUGUCGUUGCACCUAGCCAGACUCUGAGCGAUGAGGAGUACCAUAUGCUCCGAACUGCUGCGAUCAAGAUUGUCCGCCAUCUUGGCGUCGUUGGCGAGUGCAAUGUGCAAUAUGCUCUCCAGCCCGAUGGCCUCGACUACAGAGUCAUCGAGGUCAACGCCCGUCUCUCUCGCUCGUCUGCUCUGGCCUCCAAGGCGACCGGAUACCCCCUCGCUUACACUGCUGCUAAGAUUGGCCUCGGCCACACCCUCCCCGAGCUUCCCAACGCCGUCACCAAGACUACAACGGCCAACUUCGAACCUUCUCUCGACUACAUCCGCGAUAUUGGCAGUGCCAUGAAGUCGGUCGGUGAGGUCAUGGCCAUCGGCCGUACCUUCGAGGAGUCUUUCCAGAAGGCUAUCCGUCAGGUUGAUCCCAAAUUCCUUGGUUUCCAGGGCGACAAGUUUGAGGACUUGGAUGCCGAGCUCCAGAACCCCACCGACCGAAGGUGGCUCGCCGUCGGUCAGGCCAUGCUUCACGAGAACUACUCGGUCGACAGGGUUCACGCCCUGACCAAGAUCGACAAGUGGUUCCUUUACAAGCUCGAGAACUUGGUCAACUGCAACAGGGAGCUCCAGCAAGCCGGCAGCCUCGAGGCCCUUCGCAAGGAUCAAGUCCUAGGCGCCAAGAAAAUGGGCUUCUCCGACAAGCAAAUCGCCCUCGCCGUCAACAGCACCGAAGACAAGGUUAGGGCGUACCGUCUAGGCAUGGGCAUCCGUCCUUGGGUCAAGAAGAUCGACACCCUCGCCGCCGAAUUCCCUGCCGACACCAACUAUCUGUACACCACCUACAAUGCCUCCACCCAUGACGUCCAGUUUGAGGACAAGGGCACCAUCAUCCUCGGAAGCGGUGUCUACCGUAUCGGUAGCUCCGUCGAGUUCGAUUGGUGCGCUGUCAGCGCCACCCAGGCGCUCAGGCAGAUGGGCCAAAAGACUGUCAUGAUCAACUACAACCCCGAAACCUACUCCACCGAUUUCGACACCGCGGACAGGCUGUACUUCGAAGAACUCAGCUACGAGCGUGUCAUGGAUAUCUACGAGCUCGAGAGCGCCUCCGGCGUUGUCGUGUCCGUUGGUGGACAGCUCCCCCAGAACAUUGCGCUCCGACUUCAGGAGACCGGAAAUGCCAACGUCCUCGGUACCGACCCCAAGGACAUUGACAGGGCUGAGGAUCGUCAAAAGUUCUCCGAGAUCCUCGACAGCAUCGGUCUUGAUCAGCCUGCCUGGAAGGAGCUCACCUCCGUCGAAGCUGCCGAGACCUUUGCUGAUGAGGUGGGCUACCCCGUCCUUGUCCGCCCUAGCUACGUCCUUUCCGGUGCCGCCAUGACUGUUAUCCGCAGCAAGGAGGACCUCAAGGUCAAGCUCGAAGCCGCCAGCGAUGUCUCCCCGAUCAUCCCGUCGUCAUCAGCAAGUUCAUCGAGAAUGCCCAGGAGAUCGACGUUGAUGCCGUUGCGUCCAAGGGCGAGCUGGUCAUCCACGCCGUUUCUGAGCACGUCGAGCAGGCUGGUGUCCACUCUGGUGAUGCUACCCUUAUCCUUCCCCGCCAACAUCGACGAGACCACCAUGACUAGGGUCAAGGACAUCGCCGAAAGGGUUGCCAAGGCUUGGAACAUCACUGGUCCUUUCAACAUGCAAAUCAUCAAGGCCGACAACCCCAACGGUGGAGAGCCCGCGCUCAAGGUCAUUGAGUGCAACCUCCGUGCUUCCCGAUCCUUCCCCUUCGUCAGCAAAGUCCUCGGUGUCAACUUUAUCGAUGUUGCCACCAAGGCCCUCGUUGGCCAAGAGAUUCCCGACUACACUGACCUCAUGAGUGUCAAGCGGGACUACUUGGCCACCAAGGUCCCUCAAUUCUCCUGGACUCGUCUCGCCGGCGCUGACCCCUUCUUGGGUGUCGAGAUGUCUAGCACUGGUGAGAUUGCCUGCUUCGGAAAGAACUUGGUCGAUGCCUACUGGGCUUCGCUUCAGUCAACCAUGAACUUCAGGGUACCCCAGCCCGGCGAGGGUCUUCUCUUUGGCGGCGAGCUUAGCAAGACCUGGCUCACCACCAUCGAACUGCUCGAGACCACGGCCAAGGACAAGGUCGAUGUCCAGGUCAUCGAGUUCCCCACGGAGGAUAAGCGAGCCCUCCGUGAAGUUUUCGCCAAGUACGACAUCCGCGGCGUCUUCAACCUCGCGCAGGCUCGCGGUAAGACUGUCACGGAUGUUGACUACGUCAUGCGCCGAAACGCUGUCGAUUUCGGUGUCCCUCUCUUCAUGGAGCCCAACACUGCUAUGCUCUUCGCGCAGUGCAUGAAGGAGAAGCUUCCCAUGGCUGAGGGUAUCCCCAGCGAGGUUCGCCGCUGGUCGGAGUUUAUCAACGGAAAGCCUUUGUAA